AUGUUAAAACAGGAUUGUAAAAUAAUAAAUGUUCCCGUUGUCAUAGUGAAUUUCUUUCACGAAAGAGAAAAGGAGAGUCAAGUUCUGCUGCCAAAUUUUCUGAGGUUUUUUUUAAAGUCGUUAACGUUCAUGGAAACUUUGAUGAUUCGAAAGAUUCAGGUAGCAAUGUAUGUUCACUCAUUAAAAUAUGGUAUGUUAGCAUCAAAAGGUCAUGCUGUUGCUAUACCACACAAUAUGAAGAUUACAACCUCACUUCCUUUAUUACCAUCAGAAAUCAGCAUAUUAUUGUUAAAGAAAAAGAACACUUCUAGUAAACAAUACUUUGUGUCACGUACAAAAAUUGAGUCAGCAUUAAAAGGACUUGUGUUUGGUUAUCCCACAUAUGGAAUUAAACUAAACGGAAAGUACUUUUUAGUGACACCCAAUCCAUAUUAUAGUGAUGUCAUGAUUGAGCAAAACAGAUUAGAUAUUUUGCCAAUGGAAAGGAGUGAGAUAGAGGGGAUUCCAGUAGUACAUCUUUCUGAAACAAACACUGAUGAACAAGAUAAAAGCCCUGCAGAAAACCAGUUUGAUCAAUUAGAAUCAAAUGAAGAGAUAGCAUCAUGGUCUGGCAUAGUUACCCCUUUGGCACCACAAGAUUUUGAUGACAAAAUUAAACAUAUGUUAAAAAAGUUUUUAGGUGAUGAUCAAGAUAUGCUAGAGCAAGUUAUCAAACAAGGAAAUAUUGCUUCCACUUGCUUUAACCAAAACAAUAAUGAUACUCCUAUUAGAGAGUUAAGUACACCUGGUGAUAACAGAGUUACAAAACACCCAUUUUUAAAAUUACAUUUGUUAAAUCUUGGUUUGCGUAAAAAAGCACUUACUCAAGGUAGUUUUGUUGUUGCUCAGCAACUCAAUGAUGCACAUUUAACAGUUGAGGAAUUACAAAAAAAUUUGGAAGAACAGGAUGAAAGUGUUCCAAGAAAGAUCAUCAGUAUGUCCGCAAACCUACCAAACACUGAUACAUAUUGGAGAGAGCGUAAAAAGGAGUUAGAUGCACUAUGUUUUUUUAUGUUAAAGGAGUUUCAGGUUUUACCUACUUAUUUUGACACUAGUAGCUGUGCCGAGCAUCAUUGGAAACCACUUCAUAAAUUAUUAAUAGAAUACUAUGCAACAGUGACUCGGACCGAUAUUGAUGAAGUUACAAAUAAAUUUUAUUCUGAUUCACAUUUUAAACAUAAAUUGAUUCAUAAUAACCUUCACAUUGUUACAAAAUAUUUCAGUGUGAGACAUGCUAAUUUCUCUAACACAGUGCUCAAAGAACUUUUUCAAUAUUGCGAUUUCUGGGGUAGAAUAGAAUUUGCAAAAUCGCGUGGUUAA